UCCGGCCUGGAUUCUGCAACUUCGUGUGAAUCUUUUCUCUUCUUUUUUCCCUCUCCAUGCCGCAGAUUUCGUCGCUGCAGCUCCCUCGCCCCAGCAGGUGACGACGACGAGAAUACCCAGAAUCCGAUCGAUUCCCAUCCACGGCGUUCGAAAAGGCUCUGCAUCAACCCAGAGACGCGCAAACCCUCUCGACGCCAUCCGAACCAGGAAACCCGCUGAUCACUUAGCCUCACCGACCCAUUUACUUUGCCGAGAAGCGCCUUGACGAGGCUGCGCCCAUUCGCAGACGAGAUACAAUCAUGACCAGACCUGGCCUGAAAUCAUUCACCGCGCCAUGGCUCGCCCUUCUGGGGCUGCUCGCUCUUUAUCCUGCCGACGCGACGGCGCAUGGCGAAUCUCCCCAAGCCACGGCUGCGACGCCGACUGUGACGGCUGCUCCCAUCUAUCUGCCGUAUUACGAUGAGCGGUCGUGGUCGCUGGUCCGGGGGAGCAUCAUUUCAACAGAUCCUUCGGCUAGUAGGACCACAUACACCAUCUUUUGCCCGACACAGACGCCUCUAGCGUGCGACUUGUCUCUUGAAUUCCCCUUUGUCAUCGUAGAAGGUCCCGACACGCUCGAGUUCCAUGGAACCGUGACGUCGACAUACAUUGCCGAUGUGGAAUGCGACUUGAACGGCACGACGGCAGCAACGUGCUCGGGUUACUCCAGCUAUAAAUCCGGCUACACAAACGGGCCUCGCACUGGUCCAACGCAGGUUUCGUGGACAUCUACAUUUACUGGUUCCGAGCUGCAGUGGGGAACCUUGACCUUGGCCGACUGCCCAGGGGCAACCGAUGGCGCUGCUGAUACUUCCGGGGUCAUGGCGACGCCAACAGCUCCUUCGGGGAUGAUGUAUGAGCCCUCGCCGACGUCGUUGGGGUCGAAUCUGCGUAUACCCCAACUGCGGUCUCUCUACGGGCUAGUGGCAGGCAUCGUUGCUAUCUGUCUAGCAUUAUAAUGAUGGCUACUGCAUUUUGAAUGCUCGUCAUCGAGCUUGCCUGAGAGCGUGUCCCACGAAAAGGGAUACGAGACGGGGUACGGGGCCGAUGUGAGGAAAGGUGGUGCCUUGGGAAUGCGUUGUGCCUCUUUGGAGGAAACAGAAGAAAAUGGUUGUUUUGGGAAGCGUUAUGAUUGCGUUAUACCCUAUUUGCGUCUUGGUUUUUUUUUUUUUAGCAAAGCAUAUCACGGAGUUGCACUCUUUCGAUUUAUAGCGCGGAGUUUGGAGGCCACAUAAUACAAAUCUGGUUUACUGGGAGCUAUAUAUACGUCAAGAUGGCUCAUGGAAUAAUUUCAAGAAACGGGCGGCAGGCAAGUGUCGUGACAUUUGCCUCUUGUGCCUCAUGAGAGCUCGCCUCUAUGACACUCUUUGAGACCACACGAUUUUGCUGAUGACAAUUGUAAAAGGCUUCUGUUUUGCGCUCUCAUAACCCAUCACUCAUCACUCAUGCUACAGCCUAGUUGCCCAACUUACUCGUGUCAAUCACGUCAGCUGAAUUACCAAGUAACGCUGAAG